AUGCCCAGGUGCCAGAAGUUCAUCGCCACUUUCUUUCCCUCCUCCACCGGCAAAGAAGCGUGUAGAGUGCGCGUAUUCCCCGUGCCAUUCGCAUCUAAAUUAACCCAAAAGACCGCGUUGGUGCUACGGACAACAGCCGUGGUCGGCAACUAUGACUACACGGUCGACUACAUCUUCUAUUUGGACGGUACCAUUGAGGUCAAGGUCCGCGCGAGCGGCUACAUCCAGGGAGCGUACUAUAUCCCCGGGGAAAGUGAGAAGUAUGGCUACCGCGUCCAUGAUCAAUUCGCGACUAGCAUGCACGACCAUGUCAUCAAUUUCAAGGCCGAUUUAGACGUGCUAGGCACGAAAAAUACGCUGAUGAAGGUCAAUGUAGAGCCCCGGGACCAGGUUUUCCCGUGGUCGGAAGGCGAGACGCUCUCCACCAUGGGGUUGAAUCAAACCCCCAUCCAGAUUGAAUGUGGACUCAACUGGACAGCAAACUCCCAGAGCAUGUACAUUGUGCUGCAUACUGAGUCCACUAAUGCUUGGGGUGAGAUGCGUGGCUACCGGAUCAUGCCAGGGUCGGGCAUCGGGACUCCGGCGCACCUGACAUUUAAUGGAUCGAGAGCUCCUGGAAAAGCGGCAUCCUGGGCGUUGAACGACCUCUGA